AUGACUGAAGGGAACCGAUAUCGUAAAAAAGUUGUGAGUUCUAAACAAGGAUUAAGGAAAUCGUUAACAAGAUGUUGGAGAUCAAAUUCAAUAUGUUCAACAUAUAGAGGAAACUGUUCCCGGUAUAAAAAACAAUCAUUAACAAAUGAUAUUGAGGCUCAGGUUAUGGAUAAUUCUGCCUACUCGUAUAAACAAGAAUCAUUCGUUGUUCAAUGGCUACGUAAAAAUAAUCAGUACAGACUGGAGUUACUUGAGAAAGAAAAUACUGAUGUUGAAAGAUGUCUUGCCCAAAAAUGCAUCAGUGCUGUUGUAUUGUAG